GUCUUUGUAAAAGAUAAUUAGAGCUGAAAAUAGCGGUCUCAUAAUUGAAGGCAGGUCGCAGAGUACUGUACCAUGGCAACUACAAUGCAUACAAUGAAGCUUGUUGCAAUUCCUGCAUCCCUUUCUUCUUCGCGAUUCAUGUUUAGGCCGAUUUCCAAAACCCUCAGCUUAGGUUUAAUUUCCCGCCAUAAUUACUCUCAAAAACUUCCAUUUCCACUUCUCGCUAGAGCACUUUCCUCACCUGCCUUACAAACCGCCGAAACCACGGAUAACAAAGUUGGUUUAGUUGUGAAGCAGCAAUGGAAGGCGGCGAUUGAUUUCAAGUGGAUAAGAGAUAACAAGGAAGCUGUUUCAGCCAAUAUAAUAAACAGGAAUUCCAAUGCUAAUUUGGAGCUUGUGCUUCAGCUUUAUGAGAAAAUGCUGAAUGUCCAGAAGGAAGUUGAACGGCUUCGUGAGGAAAGGAAUGCGGUUGCAAACAAGAUGAAAGGAAAACUUGAACCAUCUGAGCGUCAAAAACUCAUAGAAGAAGGAAAGAAUUUGAAGGAAGGACUUAUGACUUUGGAAGAAGACCUGGUUAAACUCACUGAUGAGCUUCAGCAAGAAGCACAAUGUAUACCGAAUAUGACUCAUCCAGAUGUGCCAAUAGGAGGGGAGGAUUGUUCAACAAUAAGAAAAAUGGUUGGUAGCCCAUGCGAGUUGAACUUCCCCGUCAAGGAUCACCUGCAGCUUGGGAAAGAACUGGAUAUCCUUGAGUUUGAUGCAGCUGCAGAGGUCAGUGGCUCAAAAUUCUAUUACCUGAAGAAUGAAGCUGUUAUGCUAGAGAUGGCCCUUGUCAAUUGGACACUUUCAGAAGUGAUGAAAAGGGGAUUUACACCUUUAACAACCCCUGAACUUGUAAGAUCUUCUGUUGUUGAAAAAUGUGGCUUCCAACCCCGUGGGACAAAUACACAGGUCUAUUCUAUUGACGGAAGUGACCAAUGCCUUAUCGGCACAGCAGAGAUUCCUGUUGGGGGAAUUCAUAUGGAUUCUAUUCUUGCUGAGUCAUCUUUGCCUUUGAAGUAUGUGGCAUUUUCUCAUUGCUUCCGCACUGAGGCAGGUGCUGCAGGCACAGCAACAAGGGGUCUUUAUCGAGUACACCAGUUCAGCAAAGUGGAGAUGUUCAUCUUAAGCCGACCAGAGGACAGCAAUUCAUACCAUGAAGAGCUCAUUGGAAUUGAAGAAGAUCUCUUCUCAUCACUAGGAUUACACUACAAAACUUUGGAUAUGGCCACCGAAGAUUUGGGUGCUCCUGCAUAUCGUAAAUUUGAUGUUGAGGCAUGGAUGCCAGGUUUAGGGCGUUAUGGUGAGAUAUCUAGUGCAUCAAACUGUACAGACUAUCAAAGCCGCCGACUGGGAAUUCGUUAUCGCCCUGCACAACCAUCAUCUACGAAUUCUAAGAAGGGUAAAGGCCCAACACAGUUUGUUCACACAUUAAAUGCAACAGCUUGCGCAGUUCCGCGGAUGAUUAUCUGUUUGCUGGAGAACUACCAGCAGGAGGACGGCUCUGUUAUUAUCCCUCAACCACUGAGGCCCUUCAUGGGUGGGCUUGAGCGUAUAUUUCCUAGAUCCAGGUAGGAUGUUAUUAUACCUCGACCAUUGAGGCCCUUCAUCCAUGGGCUCGAGCUUAUAUCUCUUAGAUCCAGCUAGUAUGAUUGUAUUA